AUGGCUGCAAAGAGGAGGAAAAUUGAAGCCAACGGCGCUGCUACCACCAACGGAAACGCGCAGCUCAAUGGCCACGCGACGCCGAAGAAGCAGUCCGACUUGCAGAAGUCGGCCUCGAAGGAUGACAGCUCACGGACGACUGUCGACAUCCUGCGCAUCUUCCUUCCCACAUUCACUUUCAUCUUCGGCGGCUGCUGUUCCAAUGUCUACGCCCUGGAGGCGCUGAUCAAGACAUCGCCGUCCGCCGGCACACUCAUCACGGCUCUACAAUUCCUUGUCACCUCCCUCAUCACCCUUCCAGCCAAUGUCGAUGUACGAUCACCAGGACAAGGCUUCCUCCGAGCUCGCAAGAUCCCAUUGAAGAAAUGGAUUAUAUACACAGCAUACUUCCUAGCGAUCAAUAUUCUCAACAAUUGUGCCUUCGGCUACAGCAUCUCGAUACCUCUACACAUCAUUCUGCGUUCCGCUGGGCCGGUCACGACGAUGCUGGUCUUUUACUUCUACCGUGGGCGGAGAUAUCCCCCGAUGAAGGUCUUCGCUGUACUACUGCUUUUUGCCGGUGUCGUUGUUGCCGCGGCCGCGGACGCGUACUCCAAAACACCGGAGGCUUUCGAGUCGACACUGUCUACACAACCGACCGAGCCACCAUCUAGCAGGCUGCCAUGGAACUAUCUGCCUACGGGCGGAGCAUUGCGGGAGCAAGGCCCAGGCUUUCUGCUGCUGGCGGGCGCGCUGGUUCUGUCGGCGUUCAUGGGACUGUACUCGGAUGAGCUCUAUGGGAAGUAUGGUCGCGGUGCACAGAUCACGUCGGAGGGCCUCUUCUACUCACACGCGUUGAGCUUGCCUUUCUUCGCAGCUCAAACAAGCACGAUUUCGUCCUCAUUCAUGGACUUAAGUCAGAACUCAGUCCCGCUCUCUGCGACCUUCGCGUCUGGGACGUUCCCGAAAUUGCCGACCGUGCUGGCGUCGAUACCGACAGCUAUACCCAUGCUGAUGCUUAAUGCGGUCACGCAGUACAUCUGCAUCAAAGGCGUCAACCAGCUGUCGGCUAAGUCAAGCAGCCUGACGGUGAGUAUUGUGCUCAAUAUACGCAAGCUCGUCAGUCUACUGCUGUCGAUCUGGCUGUUUGGUAACCAGCUACCGGCCGGAGUCGUUGCGGGCGCCGUGCUGGUGUUCUUGGGUGGUGGUCUGUAUGCGGUGCCCACGGGCGGGCCUGGGAAAGUUCAAGCGGAUGCCUGCGUGGCCGGACGUGAGAAGAAAACGCGAUAA